AUGAGAAUUGCAGUGAUCUGCUUUUGCCUCUUAGGCAUUGCCUACGCCCUUCCAGCUAAAUACCAUACUGAAUCUGGCAGCUCUGAAGAAAAACAGCUUCACAUCAAAUACCCAGAUGCCGUGGCCACAUGGCUAAAGCCUGACCCAUCUCAAAAGCAGACUCUUCUAGCACCACAGAAGGCCAUAUCCUCUGAAGAAAUUGACCACCUUAAACAAGAGACCCUCCCAAGUAAAUCCAAUGAAAGCCAAGACUUGACAGAUGAUGUGGAUGAUGAGGAUGACAGCGACCAUGUGAACAACCAGGACUCUGUUGAAUCCGAUGACUCAGAAGACCAUGAUGAUACCGAUGACCCCGACCGUUCUGAUGAAUCUCACCAUUCCGAUGAAUCUGAUGAACUGGUCACUGAUUUUCCCACUGAUAUGUCAGCAACUCCAGUGUUCACUCCAGUUGUGCCCACAGUAGACAUUUAUGAUGGCCGAGGUGAUAGUGUGGCUUAUGGACAGAAGUCAAGAUCUAGAAAGAUUUCCACACCUGUGAUUCUGUAUCCUGAUGAUCUCACCUCACUCAAGAAAUCUGAGGCAUUCGGUGAUGAACACAAGGCCAUGUCUGUCAUGCAAGCCAUGAAGAAGGUUUCUAACUGGGACAGCCAGCAGCAAGGCAGUCAUGAAACCAGUCAACCGGAUGAUCACAGUGUGGAAACCCACAGCCUCGAGCAGUCCAAAGAAUACAAGCUGAAGGCAAAUGAUGAAAGCAGUGAGCAUUCUCAUAUGACUGAUAGUCUGGAAAAUUCCAAAGUCAGCCAAGAAUUUCACAGCCAUGAAGAUAAGCACCUCCCAAGCCCUAAGAGUGAGGACGAAGAUCAACAACUGAAAUUUCGCACUUCUCAUGAAUUAGAGAGUACAUCUUAUGAGAUCAAUUAA